AUGGAUUUGAGAGAGGAUAUAGAUCAUUCAGGCCCGAGCGAGCCAUUGCUUAAUACCGUGGACGCCCCCCGAGAUGAGCAUAACGGAGACAAUCCUCCCUUUGCUUCCAGCAAAUCCGAUGGUUGGUUCAUAUGGGUUUUGACAUUUUCAGCUGGCAUAAGCGGCCUCCUUUUUGGCUAUGACACUGGUGUGAUAUCAUCUACCCUUGUCACCAUUGGUACUGAUCUCUCCAAUCGACCCUUGAACACCCUCGAUGAAAGCCUUAUAACAUCAUCCACCAGUUUAUUUGCUUUGAUAGCGAGUCCAUUCACAGGUAUAUUGGCCGACAAAUAUGGUCGUCGGAAGGUCAUACUUGCUGCAGAUAUCCUGUUUGCGCUGGGGGCGCUGAUUCAGUGCUCUACGAGUCAGAUCUGGUGUAUGAUUCUGGGUCGCAGUGUUGUCGGUCUUGCGGUUGGCAGCGCGAGUGCUGUAACGCCUUUAUAUAUUGCCGAGGUGGCACCAUCGCAUGCUAGAGGCCGUCUUGUUACAAUCUUGUCGCUCUUGAUUACUGGCGGUCAAGUAGUGGCUUACAUUGUGGGAUGGAUAUUUUCUCACGUCAAUGGUGGCUGGCGUUGGAUUGUUGGGCUCGGGGCAGCCCCAGCCUUCUUUCAGUUCGCAAUCCUGUUGACUCUAUCCGAGUCUCCUCGCUGGCUUGUACAAGCUGGGUAUGAUCCACAGGCCACGUUGGUUUUGACGCGGAUCUAUCAAAACUCCCACGACAGAGAUGAAGUUGUACAACAAGUAUUGCGCGACAUUCGAGGGGAAAUUACCCAGGAAGCACUAGAAAUGGAUCAAACGAAAGCUCCAGGCACAAAUCCACAAUGGCUUCAUGAUACCUUGGAAAGGUUGCAAGCUCUCUUCCACAAUGGAGGUAAUAGGAGGGCCCUGAUCAUUGCAAUGAUGCUGCAAGGCUUUCAACAGCUAUGUGGUUUUAAUAGCUUGAUGUACUUCUCAGGGAUCAUUUUUCAAUCCCUCUCCUUCUCUUCACCAACACUGACAUCUUUAUCAAUCGCAAUGACGAAUUUCCUCUUCACCCUUCUUGCAUUUAUAUACAUUGAUAAGAUCGGAAGACGCCGCAUUCUACUAUAUUCAAUACCUAUAAUGAUCCUCGCACUAUGCUGCUGUUCCCUUUCAUUCUCCUCGAUGGAUAUUCCGUGGGGCUCGCAAUCACCGCCAGAAAGUCAAAGUGGGACCGACGGCAGAAACGCCCUGUAUCCCUUACUGAUACUUGCCUGUUUAACGGUAUACACGGCAGCGUACGCUUUUGGACUGGGUAAUGUGCCAUGGCAACAGUCAGAGCUAUUUCCAUUGAACGUGCGAUCUCUAGGAUCUGGUCUCGCCACUGCCACCAACUGGGGAUCUAAUUUCAUUGUUGGACUGACUUUCCUCCCUAUGAUGGAAUGGUUGUCACCGACUUGGACUUUUGUCAUUUAUGCUGGCAUAUGUGUUGUUGGAUGGGGAGCAACAUACAAGAUAUAUCCCGAGAUGAGUGGCAUGGGUCUUGAGGAAGUGAAAGGAUUAUUGGCCAGUGGCUGGGGUGUGGCGGAAAGCAUGCAGCGAAGAUAA